CAUCUUACAUGGCAGUUUCCUAUAACCCAAGCAACCAUUAGUGUACAACUCUUCACCAUAUCCUAAUUUCUUUCCUCAGUAUGCUCUGAGGCCAGUGUGGAGAAUCAGAGUGAACAAGGAAGGACCAUGCCUCUGUCUAAACCAGAGAAGCUGUUAGAACAUGAGCUCAGCUGCCCUAUCUGCCUAGAGCUCUACACAAAUCCGGUUUAUCUGCCCUGUGGCCAUAACUACUGUCUUGCCUGCAUUAACGCUACAGACGCCAGCAGUGGCGAGAAGAGCCUGCCUCGCUGCCCUGAGUGCAGAGAAGAGUACAGUGGUACAGAGACACUGCACAAGAACUUCAAACUCUGCGGCAUCAUAGAAGGCUACAGGGCCAUUGCGCGAGUGGAGAACCUUGGGAGAGAGCCGCUGGAGGUACGCUGUGACCACUGCCUGGACACAGAGACGUUGGCCAUCAAGACCUGUCUAAAGUGUGAGAUGUCCCUGUGUGCCAGGCACCUGCAGCGCCACACUGAGAGGGAAUCCUUCAGGAGCCAUGACCUGGUGGAGCCCCAGACUAAGCUGGGCCUGAGGAGCUGUGCUAUCCAUGGACGCCUGCUGGAGUACUUCUGUGUCAGCGACAUGACCUUCCUCUGCGCCUCCUGCUUCAUCAAGGGCAGCCACCAGAAUCACGAUGUCCUGACUAUCGAGGUGGCUGAGGAGGAGAUGAGGCGGGUCCUAGAAAGCCGGAGCAAGGAGGUGGCCAACAGGCUGCAGCUGACCGAGACCCUGCUGCAGAGGGCUGCUGAGGACCAGGGCACCUCGGAUGCUGUGGGGGACAAGCUGAUGUCUACUGCUAUGGCCCUGAUGGACAACAUGGCUUGUCUGGUGAGCAGGUACAGGGACAGGAUGAGCCUGCUGCUGGAGGAGGAGAGAGGCCAUCAAAGGAAGAUCUGGCAGAGUGGCCUGGGGCUCCUAGAGGAACAGCAGAAGGAGCUGAUGGAGGCCAACCAGAGCUCUGCCGAGGUCCUCUCAGUGACUGAUAAGCAUCUGUUCAUCCACAGGUUCCUGCUGAUCGAAUCCCAGCUCACGGAAGUGGUGACAGGCACUGUGGCCAGAGUGCUCUCCAAAGAACCUCUCAACACCAAGCGGCUUCAAGCCAGCCUGAGGAUGAAUGACUUCAGGGCAGAGAUGGGGCAACUCCUCCAGGCCCUCAAUGUCCAGCUCAACCCUCUGGAGUUGACCUUCAACAUCACCACAGCGCACCCCAGCCUGCUGCUCUCCAACGACCUGCAGACAGUCAAGUACAUUGGCAUCAAGCAGGCCUCCACUGAUAACCCAGAGAGGUUCAGUACCGUGCCCCAGGUCCUCUGCUCCCAGAGCUUUACAGGUGGGGAGCACAUCUGGGUGGUGGAGGUGGGCGACCAGAGCAUGUGGUCAGUGGGCUUGUGCUACAAGAGCGUGCCCAGGAGGGGUGACCACAGCCGGCUGGGCCACAACCCAGUCUCCUGGCGUCUGCAGUGGAAGAACAAGAAGCUGACGGCGUGCCAUGCCUCCUCAAACAUGACGCUGGUUGAAAAGACCAAUCAGCCGCUGAGGGUGGAGGUGGCACUGGACUAUGAGGGGGGCACACUGAUCUUUCACAGCACCAAGGGCUGUCGGGAGCACCUGCACACGUUUAGGGCUGUGUUCAGAGAACCUGUGUACCCUGCGUUCAGCAUCCACUCCACCACAGCACAGUCCUGGAUCACCCUCCAGAGUGGAGUGUGACACCUCAGCUUCCCUGUAUGUCCAUGUAUUAACCUUGAAGUGCCUUUGUUACUAACGAACCCAAUCAAUAUCUGUAAAUUAUUCUAGUAAUGGAUCUUAUCACCAAACGUGAGUAAAUUCUAAUGAAACAGAAUGUAAUUGCCUCUUAAAAUAUACAGUAGAAUCUGAAUUAAAAUGUAGUUCAGGCAGGUCCUUAUAUUGCUGUUUCAUGCAUACAUUACAUACACGAUUAGACGUAGUAAGUACAGAUAUGUAUUGCUAUUCGUAACUAAAGGAAUGUAAUUUAGUUAUUUUGUAAAGAGACGUGACUCUAUUUGAUCUUACCUGACAAAAAUGAGUGUUGCAUUGUUUCAUUCAGACCAUACGUCUCUGUGGUUUUACAUUGAGUUGUUUUAGAGUUGAUACUUAUUCAUCAAUGUACUAUAGUAGGCCAGGCCUACAGCACAUGUGAAUAUUGGAUACUUUAUAUUUGUAUUUGUUUCAGGGACCAGAUGAAACGAACAUGUGUGAUUUGUAAUUGUAUUUGAAAAUCAGUUCACUUUGGAUUCAUACACAAUAAACAGCUAUAAGGCAAUGAUACUGCACUUUGUGAAUGGAUUCAAAGUGGUUGUUGAGGAAAGACUUGAUCUUCAGGGGAGACACAAUGCUCAAUGCUUAUCUUACAAAUAAACAGUGGUGGAAAACAGAUGUCAUACUUGAGUAAAAGUAAAGAUAAAGUACAUCAAUAGAAAAUGACUUAAGUCAAAGGGAAAGUCACACAGUAAAAUACUACUUGAGUAAGUCUAAAUGUAUCUGUUUUUAAAUGUACUCAUGUACAGUGGUGGGAAAAGUCUUCAGUCAUACUUGAGUAAAAGUAAAACGUAAAAGUAAAUGCUAUACAUCAAAUGUCUUAUAUUAAGCAAACCAGACGGCACAGGGGCACACUCAGACAUCAUUUACAAACUCAGUAUUUGUGUUUAGUGAGUCCGCCAGAUCAGAGGCAGUAGGAAUGACAAUGUUGCAAUAUUGCUGUCCUGCCUCAGCAUUUGAAAUGUAACGAGUAGUUUUGGGUGUGAGGGAAAAUGUAUGGCUGUAAAAUGUACAUCUUUUCCUUAAGAAUCUAGUGGAGUAAAAGUAAAAAGUACAGAUACCCCCAAAAAACAACUUAAGUAGACAUUUUAUGAAGAUAUUUCCAAGGCUUCAGAAGAUUUAACCUGUAUAAAUUAAAUGAGCAAAAUGAUGUAUGUCCACAGUUCAAAUGUUGAAGUCAGUAACUUAGUAGGACAGAGGGUGUGAAAGAGAUGACUCUAGCAAAGCUUUCCAGGAAUAACAUCCCAUGAGGCCCCACUCUGAAAGGUGAAAACAGUUUAACAGUUGUCACUUUCACAUGCUGUACCCAUCUUCAAUUAGAACAACCAAUCGACCUUGACAAACCAACGUAAAUACAUUGGACAUUGUCAAAGACUCCAGUCACUAAAGUCAUAGACUAUAUUCUCUCUGCUAAUGCACAGCAAGCGAUACCGGAGCGCCAAGUCUAGGACCAAAAGGCUCCUUAACAGCUUCUACCCCCAAGUCAUAAGACUGCUGAACAAUUAAUCAAAUGGUCACCCAGACUAUUUACAUUGAUCCCCCCCCUCUUUGUUUUUACACUGCUGUUUAUUAUCUAUGCACAGUCCCUUUACCCCUACCCACAUGUACAAAUUCCCUCGACUAACCUGUACCCACGCAUAUUGACUCGGUACCGGUACCCCCUGUAUAUAGCCUCAUUAUUGUUAUUUUAUUGUGUUAGCUUUUAUUUUAAUUUAUUUCAUAAAUAUUUUCUCAACUCUAUUUCUUGAACUGCAUUAUUGGUAAUGGAUUUAUAAGUAAGCAUUUCACAGUAAGGUCUACACCUGUUGUAUUCCGCGCAUGUGACAAAUAAGAUUUGAUUCGAACACAAAUAUAAACACAACAUGUAAAGUGUUGGUCCGAUGUUUCAUGACCUGAAAUAAAAUUGUCCAUAUGCACAAAAACCUUACUUCUCUAAAAUGUUGUGCGCAAAUUUGUUUACAUCCCUGUUAGUGAGCAUUGUAUCCUUUGUCAAGAUAAUCCAUCCAUCUGACAAGUGUGGCAUAUGAAUAAUCUACGGAGGAGUAUUUCUGUCUAUAAUAAAGUCCUUUGUGGAGAAAAUCUCAUUCUGAUUAGUUGGGCCUGGCUCCCCAGUGGGGUCUUCUUGGCUCCCAAGUGGGCUGGCCUAUGUCCUCCCGGGCCCACACAUGGCUGUCUACAUCCCUGUUAGUGAGGAUUGUAUCCUUUGUCAAGAUAAUCCAUCCAUCCAUCUGACAGGUGUGCCAUAUGAAGAAUCUACGGAGGAGUAUUUCUGUCUGUAAUAAAGCCCAUUUGUGGAGAAAAUCUCAUUUGGAUUAGCUGGGCCUGGCUCCCCAAUGGGGUCUUCUUGGCUCCCAAGUUGGCUGGCCUAUGUCCUCCAGGGCCCACCCAUGGCUGCGCCCCUGCCAAGUCAUGUGAAAUCCAUAGAUUAGGGCCUACUGAAUUUAUUUCAAUAGACUGAUUUCCUUAUAUAAACUGUAACUCAGCAAAAUCUUUGAAUGUUGUAUUUAUAUGUUGCGUUUAUAUUUUUGUUCACGAUACAUUUCUCACACUAAAGAACCUGGCAGGCAAAAAUAAUCUCUUAAAGGGACAUGCUGGUGAUUGUCCUAAGGCUACAAUGUACUAAAAUGACCAAUAAAGAAUAAUCACAUUUGAUUGUUAACCAAUGUUUGCCUCAAUGUCCACUGUUGAUUUCAGAAAAGCAAAACAGACAUUCAUCCUUAUGAAAGCCCUUUUACAAAAAGUCCCACUGUACCAUACAAAUCACCACACCCUGUCUCAGGGAUGGCUAUCUCUGGAAAUUAUUUUUUGUCUCUACUGAGUUAGGAAAUCCGCUUUUAGUUUUCUCGCACCUUAUUUGUGGAACAAUCUUCAAAAUGUUCUUACAUUUUUUGUUCUGUUUUUUGUUUGUUUGUCUAGGCCAAUUCAGAAAGCUGACUGAGGACUUUAUUGCUGAUUAAUGUGUUUGUUUUUUAUGACCAUAUUUUUCUUUCUGCUUGCAUUUUGUGUUUAUAUUUUCAUGUGUAUUUUCUGUCAUUUAUGUAACUUAGGGCUCAUCUAUAAAAAAUACCUUGGUCUCAGAAUGACUCCCUGAUAAAAUGAAGGUUAAAUAAAUAUAAAAUGAUUAA